AUGGCUGCAGUCGCGGGAGGAGUGCUCGCAGCUGAGGUUCAUCAAGCUGGAGGAGUCGGGUUCAUCGGGGGUGGCCACACGCCGCUCGAGAACCUCAAGCAAGAGGUGCAGAAGGCGCGCGAGACGCUCUCCCUCCCUCCCGACGCAGACCUCCCCAUCGGCAUCGGCUUGAUCCUCUGGCGCCUCGAAGAACCGCACCUCUCGACCUCGCUCGCCCAGUACGAACCCGACACCUGGCUCCGCUACAUCCUCCACGAGGCGCGCGCCUCCGCCGUGUGGCUGUCUUUCACGAAUGGGAGUUUGGGGGAGUGGGUCAAGAGGGUGAGGAGGGUGGAGAAGGAGGGCGAGAGGAGGGAGAGGGUGAGGGUCGUUGCGAUGGUGCAGACGGAGAAGGCGGCGAGGGAGUUGCUUGCGACUGAAGGGGUGGACGCGAUCGUCGCGCAAGGCACCGAAUCCGGCGGCCACGGACCCACCGACUCCGUCGGCUCUCCCCUCCACACGCUCCUGACCACCCUCUCCCCCCUCUUCCUCCGCUCCUCGCCCCCCUUCCUCCUCGCAGCCGGAGGGCUCGCCUCCCCCUCCACCAUCCGCUCCGCCCUCGCAAUCUCGCCCGUGGCGGGCAUCGUUCCAGGCACCGCCCUCUCAGUCUCUCGCUCCUCGCUCCUUCCUCUCGCGCAAAAAGAGCUCCUCGUUUGCACCCCCUCCGGAGCAGAGACGACGCGCGGAUUGAAGUGGGACGAAGCGAGGGGUACGAAUGGCUGGCCGGGGUGGUGCGAUGGACGGGGAGUGAGGAAUUUGACUAGCGACGAUGCGGAGGAGGAGAAGGGUUUGACGAGCGAGGAGAGGGUGGAGAGGUAUAAGAGGGCUGUGAGGGAGGGAGAUGUACGGAGGGUGGUGACCUGGGCUGGUGCGUUCGCUCGCUCUGUCUUUCUCGAGUUCGGGUUCUGA